UGGUCCUGUUCAUCCUUUUCCUUAGCAAAUAGUAUUGAUUAGAACUUCUAGUUUCCUCAGUGCUUGUAGUAGCGUGUCGUCGUACUGAGUGCAAGUCCCGCAACAAAAUUCGGGCUGUAACUCCACGAAUGGCACGUCCAUUCUGCCACACAAGGAAGCAGUGGCGAGUCUUGGUGGGUGAUCUUCCGCAGAACUACGUCAACCAUGUACGUGUAUCUACAUGCCCAAUCGCCUCGGCGGCGUGGUCUCGUCCGUUCGCUUUUGUUUUCUUUCCUUCUAAACUCGAGCACGGUGGUUGUUAUGGCAGCGCAGCUCGGCGCGGCGGCUCUCAAGAAACUUGCUAACCCGCAGGCCGUUGGCGGCCUUCUUGCCGGCUCAACAACAUUGUGUGGAAUCACCGAACGUCGAAGACAAGGCAAUUUUUUCGUGCACCCUCCACAUGAAGCAGGUAAAUUUAGUGACGCAGGGUUGGUAGCGCAAGCAGAGGCACAGCUACCUACCUCCGAUGCGACGGCUUCAUCUAGUCAUGCCGUCGACGCGCGGAUUGUAAAGCUGCAAGUGCAAUCGCAGUGCGGAACGCAGUGUAGUCAUUUUGACAGUUACGCGCCUUGCCAUCCGCUGCAGCUCCGCUACACUGCUGUGAGUUGUUGCGACGACGCGCUGUUGAAGAUGCCACCGACAAGCAGGACAAGCAACUGUCGCGAUUUUAUAAUGCCUAUGCCCCCCACGCAACGUAACUGUGUUAUUAGACGACAAAAGUCAGACGAUACCUAUCGCCCAAGGCUGCCCGGUUAUGAGCAGGAGCCGCUUCGGACCCUUGUUGAACCUAUCGGAUUUGGUGCCUCAAAAGCUGCGUUUCGACUACACGAAAACGACCUGCAGCACCUCCAGCUCAUCCUCGCUCCUGACCAGGCUCUCAGCCGCACUUUUUACUGGCGGUCCUCGCGGAAUCAGGAUAUAAUUGACACGGAGAUGCAAAUUCUGCAACUGAUUGCCUCGGUCCGGAAGCAGGAGCGCACUUCUACCACGCCGACGGCGACGCCUACUUCAAGCAUGAUUUACUUUUCAGGAACAGGGCGGGGUACGAACAUACUUUCGAAUCUCGAGAUAGACGAUUUGAGUUCGAUUUUCGGAGGAUCAACUGGAACCUUGUGGAGCUGCCACGACAAGCGUUGCGACCGCCAGCCGGGACUUCCGCAGCUGGGAUCUUCGAACGUGGAAAGCGACACAGAUUUUCACACCUCGCCGCCGCCGCAUGGCGGCACGAAAGCCCACGACAGGAGUAGCAGGCUGCCGGGAGGUAGUGACCACUGGGUCGCGAAAUUUUGCCACGAGACCACGAAAGAAACUCCCAUCGAACGAAGCGACGUCAUCUGGACCUCGUACCUACACCAAAAACUUGCGAUCCUGUUGGCGGAGAAAUUUAACAGAGAGGUGUCGGACAAUGAAGCUGCUUCACCCUCGUCAGCUCAUGAUUGUCGACAAGAUGUUAAAGACGUACAGACGAGCGACACACCGAUUAGACUUGCAUAUCUGCCGGUGUACUUGGUGCGGUUCGAGCCCUCGAACGAACUCGGGCUGCUCGAGCCUGCUCUUCCAACAUUUGUCCAGUACGAGAAGGAUAUACGCGAACAGAAUCCGGACUUUCUCCGCCUCUUUCAAGCCUUCAGCGAUUGGUGCCGCAGAUUCUACGGCGUGCAGCCUGUGGACGCACAAGGCUUUUUUCUCCAUGAGGGCACGCUGUGGCUGACGGACGCGGCGUUUGUAGCGCGUUCGGGAUUCUUCAGGAAUGGCCGGGGUGGUGGCACUCGUCUUACCACUCGUCUUGCAGAUGAGUGACAGCGUUGAACUGCGAAUGGUAAUCUUUCUUCGGCAAUUGAAAGCAGAGGAGUACCUUCUCACUACAG